AACACAAUACACACCUUGUACAUAAGUGAGUUUUCACUUCCUGGUAGCGAGCACACAUCAGCAGAAAAGCUGCGUGAGAGCAGAAGGAAGACUUUUCCCAACUCUGAUUUGACACUUUUUGUCCAACAUGCUGCCGGCGCUCCUAUUUGUUGUGGCUUUGACCUCAUGUGUGGCACAGACCCCUGAGACGACCACUGUGACGCCUUCAACUUCAAUAUUGAUAUCCACUGUGACGCCUCCAACUUUAACAACGACAUCCACUGUGACGCCUCCAACUUUAACAACGACAUCCACUGUGACGCCUCCAACUUUAACAACGACAUCCACUGUGACGUUUCCAACUCCACCAACAAAGACAACCAAUGUGACGUUUCCAACAUUGGAAAUUUUUGCCAUACUUGAGAUGAGAGUUCAGUCCUCUCAAGCGUUGAAUGUCACAGACCUGGGUGCAGUUUUACACAAGCUCGCUGACCUAAUCGCAACGACGAACACAAGUGCCAUCGUCACCCUCGCAGUCAAAAAGAUUGUUGAGUUAGUUACUGAAAAGUAACUAGUUAAAGUUACUAGUUACUUUAUUUCAAAAGUAACUCAGAACAAAUUGACAAAAGCUAUUCUAAAUAGCUGCAACAUAACAUAUAUAAGUAACAAACCGCAUAAUAACAUGUCACAACAUAGCUGUAAACCAGGCCUUUUUUUCUCUCAAGGAAUUGUUAAAUAAAAUCAUGUCUUCAGGAGAUCAACACUGUCCUGAAGCCCAGAACACUUUCCCCAGUUUUAGUUUAGAGAUAAGGAAAGAUUACCCUGGCCCACUAGGAUCCCUCUUUAUGUGUGUGAACUUUAUAGUCUAUACAUUUAGAGUGAUGUGAUAAUCAAACACUCUAGAAGACUAGAAUGAAAGAGUAUAUGAAAGAAUUGACAGAGUGUGUGUACCUUCAGUGCUGAAUGAUGAGCAGAGGCAGAGUUUGGAGUGUCUUCUUUAGCUCGUUUCCAUGUUUAUGUACUCACUGUCCACUGUGUCCAGGAACCUGGAAAAUGUUUUUGUGCCAUUUGCUGCUGGACGCCGCUAUCAUGCUAAUUAGCUGCCUGAAAGCGGGCGACUCCAUGCUGCAAUGGCUCCAUCAAUGUUGUCCUGGCUAGCAGUCCCUCCGUUAAAAUCCUUAGGUGGAGGUGGAGGUGAAGUGGCAUCGGAGUCUGUGUCUCUCUUUACUAGCUUUGUCCAAGCAUGUUGCUUUUGUAGCUGUUUCAGCAGAUUUUAAUUGCUGUUUUGGGAAUUAGAUAGGAUCUUUGAUCCAAGACACAACUUACAUUUAACUAAAAUAUUAUUUUCUUUGUGCUCGACAAAAGAAAAGUAGUGUGAAUAUCUCCAUGUUAAGAAACACAGACAUCUGAUUAGUAUGUUAUCAAACAUACAGUAAGGCUAAAAAUAAUAAUCAGUAAUAAUCAUGACUGACUGAAUUGUUACUUUUUAACAAUGAUUUUCAUAUGUAGUCCAAAUCAACUAUUUCGCAUGGUUUGUAUUUAUGAAUAGACACUAUAUAAUACACAAUGAUGAAAUAUUGCAACACGAUUAAAGAAUGUAUGCAGGAAAUGGAAUCCGGUUAUGUUUGGUGUGUGUUAAACUAUGCUGACAUCAGAUUCUCAUUGUUGUGCUGUGGUUUGUUGUGAUCAUAAUCUGAAAUGAAUGUGGUUUGGUUAGUCGGAAAUGUUCCAGUUUGCUAGCUAAAGAACAAUAGACUUUUUUAUAGCAUUCGGAGACAUUUGUAUUACUUGGGGCAUGCUAACUAUUAUUCUGUUACUUCACAGUUUGUUGAGUUUGAGUUGAGUUGAGUUUGAGUUUAUUUCGAACAUGCAAGCAUACAACAUGACACAUCACAAUUUCCAGUUUCUCUUUUCAACAUGUUCCAAAAGGAGUAGGAAGAAGCAGAGCUUAUUUAAUCCUACCCCUUUUCUUUUACAUAACAGUUGCUAAAACUUUUGUUCACUUCCUGUUCUCAAUUUAUUCACAAUAUACUCCAUAAGUAAUCACAAUAAAAAUAAAUAAAUAAAUAAUACUCGGUGAAGUAAGUUACAUUUCAUAUGGUGAGAUGAGUAAGAUUAUUUUGAAAAAACGAACGGAUGGAUGGAUGAAAUAAAUUCAGAAUGUUUAUCAUGGUUCUUCUUCCUUGUACUUUGUAAACACUUUAAGUUUGAAGAGUUUCUUGAAGUGGAUCAUAUUAGUACAUUGUCUGAUUGCUUGCUUAAUCCAUUCCAUCAUUUAAUUCCACAUACUGAUAUACUGAAGGUCUUAAGUGUUGUAAGUUUGUUAGCCUGUUAUCAUACUAUCUUUUUAAAGUUUUGAAAAUUAAACAGUAAUAUGUUUUCUUUGUUGACUCCAUCUUGCCAGCGUUUUACUUUAGCUUACGUUACUUUUACUGCACACAUACUAACUGCUAGCAUGUUAGCAUGCUAACUUUUUAAAGUUUUAAAAUUUAACAGACAUAUGUUUUGUUAAGUUGACUCUUAUCUUGUCAGCGUUUUACUUUGGCUUAUGUUACUUUUACUGCACACAUGCUAACUGUUAGCAUGUUAGCAUGCUAACUUUUUAAAGUUUUUAAAUUUAACAGACAUAUAUUUUGUUACUUGGCCCUAUCUUGUCAGAAUGCCAAGGUUAAGAUGGUAGCUUUUUCGCUAAUUUUGCAGGGAUACGCCUUAGGGUAAAAUAUCUAUUUUCUUGAGGCAUGCUAACUGUUAGGAUGUUUGCGCUUUACAUUACUUUACAGGUUUUCACCUAGGAGUCAAAUAUUAUGUUACUUCACAACACUGUUAGCAUGCUAACUUUUUCAAGUUUUUAUAUUUAACAGUCAUUUAUUUUUUUUACUUGACUUUAUCUUGCCAGCAUGCUAACGUUAACAUGGUAGCUUUUUACCUCAGGUGUAUACCUUCGAGUAAAAUAUAGUUUUACUCAAAAGCAUGCCAACUGUUUGCAUUUUAGCUUUUUAGAUAAUUUAGCAGGUACUCACCUAUCAUAUCCUGUUACUUCACACAUACUAACUGCUAGCAUGUUAGAUUUUAAAACUUUAAAAAGUUAACAGACACAUAUUUUGUUACUUGACUCUAUCUUGUCACAAUGCCGAGGUUAAGAUGGUAGCUUUUUAGCUAAUAUGCAGGGAUACGCCUUAGAGUAAAAUAUCUAUUUUCUUGAGGCAUGCUAACUGUUUUACAUAACUUUACAGGUUUUCAUCUCACAGUCAAAUAUUAUGUUACUUCACAACACUGUUAGCAUGUUAACUUGUUCAAGUUUUUAAAUUUAACAGUCAUUUAUUUUUUUACUUGACUCUAUCUUCAAGCAUGCUAACGUUAACGUGGUAGCUUUUUAGCAAUUUUUGCAGGUGUACGCCUUAAAGUAAAAUAUAUUUUUACUUGAGGCAUGCUAACUGUUAGCAUGUUAGCUGUUUAGAAAAUUUGAUAAGGAAUCACAUUGGAGUCAAAUAGUUUGUUACUUCACACACACAAACUGUUAACAUGCUAGCUUUUUGAAUUUUUUAAGUUUACCAGUCAAAUAUUUUGUUACUGAACUAUCUAGCUAGCAUGCAUUAGCAUUUGGUAUUUUUAGCUAAUUUAGAAGGUAUAAGCCUUCGAGUAAAAUAUAUAUUUUACUCAAAAUCAUGCCAACUGUUUGUAUUUUAGCUUUUUAGAUAAUUUAGCAGGUACUCACCUCAUAUUCUGUUACUUCACACAUACUAACUGCUAGCAUGUUACUAUGCAAACUUUUUAAAGUUUUAAAAGACAUAUAUUUUGUUACUUGACUCUAUCUUGUCACAAUGCUGAGGUUAAGAAGGUAGCUUUUUAGCAAAUUUUGCAGGGAUACGCCUGAGAGUAAAAUAUCUAUUUUCUUGAGGCAUGCUAACUGUUUUACAACUUAACUUUACAGGUUUUCACCUCAUAGUCAAAUAAUAUGUUACUUCACAACACUAUUAGCAUGCUAACUCUUUCAAGUUUUUUAAAAAUUUAACAGUCAUUAUUUUUUUUACUUGACUCUAUCUUGCCAGCAUGCUAACGUUAACAUGGUAGCUUUUUUUACCUACUUUUGCAGGUGUACGCCUUAAAGUAAAAUAUAUUUUUACUUGAGGCAUGCUAACUGUUAGCAUGUUAGCUGUUUAGACAAUUUGACAGGGACUCACCUCGGAGUCAAAUAGUUCACGUUAGGUUUUUAAAGUUUUUAAGUUUACCAGUCAUAUAUUUUGUUACUGAACUAUUUAGCUAGUAUGCGAAUGUUAAAAUUUGGUCUUUUUAGCUAAUUUAGGACAUAUAAGCCCUUGAGUAAAAUACAUUUUUACUCAAAAGCAUGCCAGCUGUUUGCAUUUUAGCUUUUUAGAUCAUUUAGCAG